AUGUCGUGCGGUUGCUUCGAAGGGUUGCAGCAAAGGCUGCAAAGAGUUUGGGGUGCUUUCCAAGCACCUGGGAAUUAUGGCGAGGAAAGAGAGGCUUUUGAACGAACCGUCGACUUCCUCCUUUCCGUGCCACUUCUGAAGAAGCAGUUGCCGAAAGCCGAACUACCCAAAGUGGCUCAGCAACUCACCCGGAGGGUGUGGCAGCCCGGUCAAAUCUUGGUGAGACAAGGCGAGAUGGGCAGAGCAUUGUUCUUGAUAGAAAGCGGAGAAGCUGAAGUUGUCACCUGUCAAAAGCCUGGAGCUCCGGAGGUUGUGCGUGCCACGCUUGUUGCUGGUGAUUACUUCGGCGGCCACACGCUGAUUACCGAACGUGCCAAUGUCGCCACCAUUGUCGCGAGCCGCAAAAGCAACCUUGUUACGCUCUCAUUGUCAAGAGAUCGAUUUGAAACUCUUGGCCUGAGACGAUGGUUGCAAUUUCCGAAAAGACCAGCCAUCUACAACUCGCCCCAGGAGACGGGACAAGCUGAGAUAAGCGACAUUCCCAAGCUACCUCCAGAUGAUCUACUCUUCGUUUGCAAGGCAAUCAGCGAGAACGCCAACCUUCGAGCGCUGCUUGCCGCCAGCGAGGACAAGCUGAAGGAGCUUGCGGCUGGUGCAGUAGCAAAAUCCUUCAAGAAAGGUGACCGAAUUGUGGAAGCAGGACAGCAUGUUCGACAGCUGUACAUUGUCAAGACCGGCAUAAUCAGUGUGGUCGUAGACACGUCAGCGACGCCUGGCGGGCGGCAAUCAGCAGAAGCUGCAGUUGCAAGUUCGACAAUGACGGAGCGUCUGCUUCGAAAGCAGAACUUUCUCGCCCAACUGCAGCGCAAAGA